AUGCACCACGGCAGAACAGAGUGGCGGGACGUUAUCGGAGGGGCUUUCGUCACACUGUGUGCCGAUAGCAACGCAUUCACGCAUCCAGAACCUCCCGUUGGUACAAUGCGAAAGAGAAUCAGUAGCCGCCUCUAA